CUCCUCUUUGCAUACUGACGCGGCCCUGGUAACGGAGCUCAAGGCAUCUUUUGUGCCGUUGUCCAACAGCGAGUGACGUCACGGGCACGGCCAGGUCUUUAUCAGCUCUGUCAGAUAAAUAGCUAGCCACACUUGCUCCGGAGCAGACGGCAAGGUGCCGUGUGGCAGAGCACUUGGGGCCUCAGAGAAGCGGGGGCCACGGCCAUGGGUGCAAGCUCGGACGGGUCCUUCUUCCCCGGCAAUCACUGGCUCUACUUCUCUGUGUACCUCUUCACCUUCCUGGUGGGGCUCCCCCUCAACCUGGUGGCCCUGGCCAUCUUUGUGGGCAAGCUGCGGCGCCGCCCGCUGGCCGUGGACGUGCUCCUGCUCAACCUGACGCUCUCGGACCUGCUCUUGCUGCUCUUCCUGCCGUUCCGCAUGGUGGAGGCCGCCCACGGCAUGCGCUGGUCGCUGCCCUUCAUCCUCUGCCCCCUCUCCGGCUUCCUCUUCUUCACCACCAUCUAUCUCACCUCCCUCUUCCUGAUGGCCGUGAGCAUCGAGCGCUUCCUGAGCGUGGCCCACCCUCUGUGGUACACGACGCGGCCGAGGCCGGGACAGGCGGGGCUGGUCAGCGGCGCCUGCUGGCUCCUGGCCUCUGCCCACUGCAGUGUGGUCUACGUCAUAGAAUUCCUGGGAUCCUCCCCCCACAGCCAGGGUACCAAUGGCACCUGCUACCUGGAAUUCCGGGAGGACCAGCUGGCCAUCCUCCUGCCCGUCCGGCUGGAGAUGGCGGUGGUCCUGUUCGCGGUGCCCCUCCUCGUCACCAGCUACUGCUACAGCCGCCUGCUGUGGCUCCUCGGCAGGGGCGCCAGCCAGCACCGGCGCAGGAGGGUGGCGGGGCUCGUGGCGGCCACGCUGCUCAACUUCCUCGUCUGCUUCGGGCCCUACAACGUGUCCCAUGUCGUGGGCUACAUCCAGGGAGAGAGCCCGGCGUGGAGGGGUUAUGUGCUGCUCCUCAGCACCCUGAAUUCCUGCGUCGACCCCCUCGUCUUUUACUUCUCCUCGUCCGGGUUCCAAGCGGACUUUCAGGAGGUGCUGAGGAAGCUGGGUGGGCUCCGGGGCCCCUGGCGGCAGGAGGGCAGCGUGGAACUAAAGGUGCAGGAGGAAGGCGGGAGGCAGGCGCAGGACUGCCCCCCGCAGAGAAAGGGCAGUGGGCUCUCGCAGGGCAAGCGGCCUGGGCUGAACGCUAGGUCCUCCGGGCACGAAGGUGUCGCUGGCAGAGCAUCCCCCGGGCAGCUCCUUGCUCACGACAGGCAGGACCUUGGCGCGGAGGGCUGGGGACCGACGUGGCCCGGGGUCGGAGCAGGCGCCCCGCCUUCCUAA